UCUGCGCCCGGGUGAGUUUGGUUUCGGCUGAAGCCGAAUAAAGCCUCACAGUCUUCCGUUCAGCACCACAGGACUCCGUCCGUCUGCGGACAGCGAUGCUUCAUCACCCGAAUCUCACCCGAGUCGCCCUCACGACCCAUUCAUUCCGGUGUCGGGCGCGAAGAGUUCAGCCAAGAGUCCGACACGCAUGUGACUGCAAACACACCGUAACGUCUGAGUAACAGCAACAAAAGGCGACAGAAAGUGAAGAGAUCAGACAGAGAGCCGGUAACUUUACGCAGAGACGCGGGUUUUUUUCGGCGCGCAUCUAAAGAUUGUUGUCAUCAUGCCUGUAAGGAGAGGACAUGUCGCUCCUCAAAACACCUUUCUUGGAAUGAUAAUACGCAAAUUCGAAGGACAGAAUAAGAAGUUUCUCAUAGCCAAUGCCCGGGUCCAGAACUGUGCUAUUAUUUACUGUAAUGAUGCAUUCUGUGAGAUGACAGGAUUCUCACGGCCGGACGUCAUGCAGAAGCCCUGUACAUGUGACUUCCUACAUGGAGAACAAACAACGAGACAUUCGAUUGCCCAGGUGGCCCAGGCACUCUUGGGGUCUGAGGAACGUAAGGUGACCAUCAUGUACCAUCGCAAGGAUGGCUCUGAAUUUCUGUGCAACACUCACAUCAUCCCCGUGAAGAACCAAGAAGGAGUCGUGAUGAUGUUCAUUCUAAACUUCGAUUAUGUUCUGGAUGAGGACAGCAAUGACUCUACAGAAAAGCUGAACCUCACCCCGCCUGCCAAAUCUGACAUUAGAAAAGGAAGGUUUUUCCACUUUCGCCUGCCAGCGUUGAAGCUUUUGGGAACCAGCAAGCAGUCCCUUCCCCAGGAAGAUCCAGACACGGUCCUGGUCGAUACACCGAGGGGCAGCAAACACUCUUCGGUUCUCACAGACCUCCACUCACCCACAAAUGAUGCUCGCAGUCCAGCGGAGACCAACGACACCCGGGCGCUCAUUAGCUCCAGUCCUCAUUCGUCUCCACUCAGUGUAUCUGUACCCGUCGACCACUCGUCACCCAAACAGACCUGGGAUCUACCCAGUCCGUCUCAAGCCCAAUCUACCACCUGCCUGACCCAGUCCAUCUCCAGAAACAGUGUGUGCAGCAGAAGACGAGCCUCUUCGGUCCAUGACAUCGAAGGACUCAGUGGGAACUCCAAACGUCUGUUUUUAGACAGGCAUACAAGUGAAGGUCCAUUUAACCAUUUCAAGUCCAGUCUCCUGGGAUCAACUUCAGACUCCAACCUGAACAGAUACAGCACAAUUAACAAGAUUCCUCUCAUCGCUCUCAACUUUUCAGAAGCCAAUGAUAAGAAAGUCCCAUCUCCACCAUCCUCAGAGAAAACCAUCAUCGCACCGAAGGUCAAAGACAGAACUCACAAUGUCACGGAGAAAGUUACACAGGUCUUGUCACUUGGUGCAGACGUCCUACCAGAGUAUAAGCUUCAGACGACGCGCAUCGACAAGUUCACCAUACUACACUACAGCCCUUUCAAAGCAGUCUGGGACUGGCUCAUCCUACUCCUGGUCAUUUAUACGGCCAUUUUGACACCUUACUCUGCUGCCUUCUUGCUCAAUGACCUUGAGGAGCAAAAGAGACGAGAAUGUGGCUACUCCUGCAAUCCCCUUAAUGUUGUGGACCUAAUGGUGGACAUCAUGUUCAUCAUCGAUAUCCUUAUAAACUUUCGCACCACGUACGUGAACUUGAACGAGGAGGUCGUGAGCCAUCCGGGGAAGAUCGCCAUCCAUUACUUCAAAGGCUGGUUCCUUAUAGACAUGGUGGCGGCCAUUCCCUUCGACCUGCUUAUAUUCGGCUCGGGGUCUGAUGAAACAACAACUCUGAUUGGCCUACUGAAGACCGCACGACUUCUGCGAUUGGUUCGUGUUGCCAGAAAGCUGGACCGUUACUCAGAAUACGGUGCGGCGGUUUUAAUGCUCCUGAUGUGUAUAUUUGCUCUCAUUGCCCAUUGGCUUGCCUGCAUCUGGUACGCCAUUGGAAACGUUGAAAAGCCGUACCUGGAACAUAAGAUCGGCUGGCUCGACAAUCUAGGGGUGUCCAUUGGGAAGAGAUAUAACUACAGUGACCCCAAUUCUGGCCCGUCCAUAAAAGAUAAAUACGUCACAGCGUUGUACUUCACAUUCAGCUCUCUGACCAGCGUGGGGUUCGGAAACGUAUCUCCAAACACCAACUCGGAGAAGAUCUUUUCCAUUUGUGUCAUGCUUAUUGGAUCUUUAAUGUACGCCAGCAUCUUUGGAAAUGUCUCGGCCAUCAUCCAGCGGCUAUACUCGGGAACAGCACGCUAUCACAUGCAGAUGCUCCGCGUAAAAGAGUUCAUUCGUUUCCACCAGAUCCCAAAUCCACUCCGGCAGAGACUGGAGGAGUACUUCCAACAUUCGUGGACCUACACCAACGGCAUCGACAUGAACAUGGUCUUAAAAGGAUUUCCAGAGUGUUUGCAAGCAGACAUUUGUCUCCAUCUGAAUCAAAGCCUGCUUCAGGGAUGCAAAGCUUUCAGAGGUGCCAGUAAAGGCUGUCUGCGUGCUCUCGCUAUACGCUUCAAAACUACCCACGCACCACCCGGAGAUACAAUGGUGCACUGCGGGGACAUCCUCACAGCACUUUACUUUCUGUCUCGAGGAUCCAUCGAGAUUCUUAAGGAUGACACCGUGGUGGCCAUUUUGGGUAAGAAUGACAUAUUUGGAGAGAUGAUCCACCUGUACGCCAAACCCGGUAAAUCUAACGCAGACGUCAGAGCAUUGAGCUACUGUGACCUGCACACAAUCCAACGGGAAGAGCUGCUGGAGGUGCUGGACAUGUAUCCGGAGUUUGCCGACCAUUUCCUUACCAAUCUAGAGCUGACCUUUAACCUGAGAGAUGAAAAUGGAAAGGGCACUUAUUUGCAAGCCACUGAUUCAGAUGGAGAGGAUUCGAAGAGCCGGAGAAAGACUUCCUUUAAACGCAAACCAUCCAAAGGGGGAAGUCUGAAAGAAACAGACAGCGAGUUGGGGAAGGAGCGGCGAGAGUCACGGCUCAGCUCUAAGAGAAGCUCGGAGGACCGCCGCACCUCCAGAGAGGAACAGCAAACACUUUUAGGAGCAGGAAUAAUGGAAAACCCCUCAGUAAAGAGCUGCACCUCCACACCGGCCUGCGUUUCUCCUGAUGAACACAUGGAACUGGGGCGUUAUGAUGAUGAUAUACACACCCCUGACUGGUUAGCAGAAAGAACCAAACAGCACAUGGACAAAAGUACACAGGAGCAGGGUGGGACAGAAGAUGAAGACCUGGACUGUGACAUCACAUAUGGAGAGGUGGAACACAGACUCGACCAGCUGCAACAACACCUGAGCAGGUUAGAGUCUCAGAUGACAUCAGAUAUUCAGAGCAUCCUUCACCUGCUUCAGAGACAGACGUGUUUAGGACCCCCGGCUUACAGCAGCCUCACAGAUUACAAGAGACUUGCCAGCAAAGUACAAGCUUCUGUGCCCACCAGUCAACCACACCGCACAACUCCACAGGAUGCAGAAUUUCCGGCCAUAACAAACAUCUUUUCCAAAGACUCUCCAUCAGGUUUGUCCCUAACAGACUCUAAUCUGCAGCAGAGCCAUGAGAUACAGCCGUCACGAGACUCAAUUCCUACUCACGGUUUUAUAAACAACCAGACACUUUCACUUACACGACAUCAUUCCAAAUCUCUGCUUCCAAUGGAGCGGUCUUCCCCACCAGACCCGCUGUUGAACCCUGUAGCAACAGAGACUUUAGAUCUUCACAGACCAGGAGUAAAAGAACAGCACAGACUGCAGUAGAUAUCUGGACAUCUGCACGUCCAGAGAAAUAAAUCUUCUGGAUUCUCUACAGACACUGGCCUAAUGCAACUCAUCUAUUACUUGACAUUGACGUCGCUUCCUUUUUGCUCCUCAAUGCAUUUGAGGACGAUCUGACCGAUUACAGACCAAACUUCCAUUUGUAGGAAGUUUUCUGUAACGACAAAGGUGACAGUCUUUUGUAUGACUCAGGAUAUUGCUGAUGGCUUAUAUCAUAUGACAGCUUAUGGCAGGCCCUGUUUUCAGUUUCAACAUGAGGAUUCCAAAUGAUUGUAUCCCGAUUACAAACCCCACUAAAAAGUGAAAUUAAAACAUUAAAGGGACAGUUCAGCCAAAAAUGAUAUUAAACCCAUGAUUUACUCAACCUCAAGCAGUCCGAGAUGAAUAUGUCCAUCAAGUUAUUUUAUGCAUCUCGGACAUCUUCAGGGUGAGUAAAUCAUGGGUUUAAUAUCAUUUUAUAAUAUUUGGUGGAACUAUUCCUUUAACUCUUAAAAAAAUUGGUAAUUGGUAUGACCUCCCUCUUUAAAUCUCAGCAGAAUUCAAACUAAAUCUGAUGAUCCAUAUUAACCAGCUUGGUUUAUGAAUGUUCAGAGCAAUCUUUUGUGCUUCCACAGAGCUGAGCAUAUCUGAUCUUUUAUGAAAAAGGUCAAAUGGAUUUCAGGUAGUGGCCUAGGAAUGAAGUCUUAAAUAUUUCUUCAUUUUAUGUCAUAACUUUAAAUCCCAGAUUUGAAAAGUGGUCUUAGUAUUUAUGUAUUUAUUUUUAUCUGAAUAACUGCCAUGUAUAAAGAAUGUAUUUUUCUGCCCGGGAAAAGAGAUGCAUGACUGAGAGUUUGAACUAGUUGCAUGUUUACUGCAACAUAUUGGGAAGCAGGUGUGGUGUUGGCAUGACCAAAAGCUAAUAACUAAAAUGCACUGUUCUUUAAUUGACUGUUUUUUUGCACCUGGUCAUGCUGGCUUGAAUUAAACUCAUGUGCAUGACUAUUACACUAGUUCACAACAUUAGUAUACAAAACAAACCAGCAGCCCCUUCGGUUACAGUCGUUCUUCUGAGCUUUGCCUAUUCAGAGCCGUCUACUGCAGAAGCUUUUGGGGUGGAUUCUGGUUGCAAUGUACAUUAUAGUUUUACAUGUAGCUCUGAAUAUACACUGUACUGUAUGCAUAUUUAUAAAUAGAUUAUGUAUAUUUAUCAACUACUGAUCUACUGUGAUCAGCUAUAAUAAUGUUGGCUUGAUCAAGCUACUGAAAUUCUUUACUGUAUCGAGGCAACAAAACUCACUUUUUUCCAAAUAAGUAGACCACUGAUGUUUGUCUCAAUGCAUACUAGCAAUAAAAGUCAAACACUGUCAAAUUUACCUCUGUGGGACUAAUCUGUUAAAUAAUGUUGCAAAUAUCAGUAUACAACGUCUCUAACAUCAUCAAGUUGUUAACUUUACAUAGUAAUAAUAACUGUAUGGUUCUGGUUCUGAGAGGAGAUUUGUGUGCUUGCUUCUCUGUAACGUAUAAGUUUAAACUUUAAACUUAUUUUAGUUGUAUGUAUUAAAAUAUAUAUCCAGUAAAACACUGGAAUUUUUUAUGUGCAAUAAACACUUUGAAUUACCCUGUCAAUUUUUAUCAGUUCGGACAGCUACAGCCUUUUAAUUUAUUUUUGAUGUCACUGUAUUUUGGAGCAAAUAAUUAUUAGUUUUACCUUUUAAAUUGCACAAACCCUGUUUUGAAAAACAGUAUAUACAUACUGUAUACAAAUAAAUGAAAUCUGCGUAUGUGUGUAAUAUUCGGUUAUUUCUGCAUAAAGGGAGAGUUCCUGCACUUUAUUUCAAAAUAAAAAACUUAGUAACCCAAUAUAAUAAUUAAUGUUGUUACCUAGCGUGCAUGUGCCUGACUGUCUGUCGCCUGUAUGUGAAUUCUUUGCAUAUUAAUGUGUAAGCAUUUGUUUUUUAUUUAUUGAUUAUAUUUUGUUUGUAUGCAGUGUGUGUGGACUUAUAAUAGACGGGAGACAGACAGAGGCUUUUUUAUCUAAAACUUUUCAAUAAACUGCAAACUUUUGCACGUAACCUCCGAGAAGGUACAAAU